CCAAGAGGGCGCAACACCAAAAUUAUUAAUUUUGAGGACACUUUUUUAAUUGGCUCAGAGAGAGGAGUGAACUUUCUUGUUAUACCCGAUCUUUGUCCCUACGCGAUUACGGGGAAACAUGAGGAAAUGCUAGGCCCAAUUAAUUUCCAUCCUUUUUUUAAAAAACGCCCUGAGCCAAUAAUAUUUUGUAGUGUUCACACACCCUGUGCGAAUAAAAUUCCAUAGUAAUGUAUUCACACACCCUGUGCGAAUGACUACAGCCCUAUACUAUACUGCUGAAACUGUUCUAAGGCUCUUCCUACUUGUUUAAUCGUUCAUACAGUAAACAUAAUGGACGCCUUACAUUGUGCUGUUUGCAUCCAACUUCACUUGGAACAUGAAAUAAAUAUUUGACCAUUCCUCACCAUGGCAACCUUUAUUCGUUGAUCAGAAUAAUUAUGUGUGCUAUUUGGAGAUGCUGUCAUGAAAUAUAUACGAAAAAUGUAUCUAGAAUCUAGAUCUAGAUCUAGAUUUAGAUCUCUAGUGAAUUGAAAGGACAGAAUGGGGCGCCGUUCAAACUUGGAAAUUGAAAGUUGAAAGGAAACCAACAAGACGAGUCGGCAGUCGGUGUGUUGUGGUCGAACUUAGAAUUAAGACCAAGAAAUAGAGAUAAGUUUUCACCGUGCCAGACCAGGAAAAUUGCAGAGAAAGCUGUCUUAAUCUUAAAUUAUGAUUAAUCAUUUGCUCACUGGACUUCAUGUUGUAUGGAGUAUAUAUUGAACUUUGAACUUUCACAGUCUGAAGAAUCUUAAUCUAGAUCUAGAUCUAGAUCUAGAUCUAGUUCUAGACUAGAGAUCUAGACUCUAGAUCUAAGAUCUAAUCUAGAUUCUAGAUCUAAAGGAAGUGUCAACGUAUAUAUUGACUCUGUGAACUUUGUGACUACUGUGAAAAACAAAGAUGGCUGAUAUUUUGUACACUGGAAAACAAACAGACGCUAACUGUGGUGAGGAAGACACAACAAUGUAUAGAUCUAGACUUUUCUCUGGAAAUGGUAAUGGCUGUGGAUGUGUGAAAACUUGUGAUUUUGUUCCUUGUUCUUCUGGAGAAGGUGUGAAUCUUGGGAUUGAUAGCAUUGUUAAAGGUGAACCUACGUCUAGUUCUGGGACUAGAUCUAGAUCUAGAUCUAGUACGGGUACUCUUUGUACUGACAGUUUAAGGGAAGAUAUAAAACAUGACAUUAUAGGUAGGGAAAGUGAAUCUGUGGGUGUUGAUGAGGAACAUCUGUCAGUAAAAGAAGAGCCCAGUUUUGAAUGUCUGUGUGACGCCAAGGCCGAGACAAAUGACAAACUGAACGUUGAAAGUGAAAGUAGCCAGACUCUCAGACACAGUGUAGUAAAAGAUGAGCCUAUCUGUACAGAGGAGGAAGACGUGAAACCUGUCAUUAAACCAGAGUGCCUCACAGAUAUCUAUGCAGUGAAAACCGAACCACUAUUUGGACAUUUUCCUGACUUUGGUGAUGAAGUGAUACCGAAAGUGGAGAAUUUUGUGAAAGAAGAAGUGUCAGAAUGGGAAGUUUCAGACUUUGUAGAGGUAGAAAAGACAGAAGGACAAGUGGGAGAUGUGGAGGAUACGUGUACUGAGCCCGUGUUUGUUCAGGAUCACAUGAGUCAGGUUGGAGGACUACAGCUGCAAAUCUCCAAUGUGAGGAGCUUGUGUUUGGAGCAGAGUGCCAGCCCCGACACAGAUGUUGUUGCUUCCAGUAGUCCAACUUCAACUUUCUCUGCCGAUCCAGUCACAAGUUCAGGAUCUGUUGUCUGGGCCAGCUGGGAUCAUGGUGAAAGUUCUGAUGUCUCAACUUACCCUCAUAGGCCACUGACUUCCUGUCACCCGGUACAACAGACAAGUGAUAUGCUGAGAAGACAAGGUCAAAGUUCAAGCUGCAGAUUUCAGACAGGACAAAGGGUCUAUGAAGAGAAUGUUGGCAGUGUCCGGAAAGAAAUCUCUUCUGGUAACAUCGGUGCUGUGGAGAGAGUCUGUGACCUCCAUCAGAACAUAGCAGGUGACAAGCAGAUGGACAACAGAAAUCUCUACCAUGGUUGGGAAAGUCCUUACGAGUUUAAAGUCUGUGGUGAAAUGUUUUCAGAAGUAGGUAACUUACAGACACACGAAAAAAACCACUCAAGAGAUAGGCCUCACCAGUCUGAAGUUUGUGGUGCUGCAUUUACCAAGAGCAGACAUCUACAGGAUCACAAAGGAACCCACGAAGGAGAAAGACCUUACAAGUGUGAAGUUUGUGGUGCCACGUUUACACGUGGUAGCCAUCUACUGAAUCACAAAAGAAUACACAUAGGAGAAAAACCUUACAAGUGUGAAGUUUGUGGUGCCACAUUUACGCAGAGUGGCAAUCUACAGCGUCACAAAAGGACACACACAGGAGAAAAACCUUACAAGUGUGAAGUUUGUGGUGCCACAUUUACAUUCAGUAGCAGUCUACAGCGUCACAAAAGAACACACACAGGAGAAAAACCUUACCAGUGUAAAGUUUGUGGUGUCACUUUUACACAGAGCGGACAUUUACAAAAUCACAAAAGAACACACACAGGAGAAAAACCUUAUAGGUGCGAAGUUUGUGGUGCCACAUUUACAUAUGGUAGCAGUCUACUGUGUCACAAAAGAACACAUUCAGGAGAAAAACCUUACAUGUGUGAAGUUUGUGGUGCCACAUUUACAUGCAGUAGCAGUCUACGGAAUCACAAAAGAACACACACAAAAGAAAAACCUUACAAGUGUGAAGUUUGUGGUGAGACAUUUACAUGUAACAAAAGUCAACAGCGUCACAAAAGAAUACACACUGGAGAAAAUCCUUACAAGUACAAGUGUGAAGUUUGUGGUGCCACAUUUACAUGCAGUAGCAAUCUACAGCGUCACAAAAGAACACACACAAUAGAAAAUCCUUACAAGUGUGAAGUUUGUGGUGCCACGUUUCGGCAGAGUGGCAAUCUACAGCGUCACAAAAGAAUUCACACGGGAGAAAAACCUUACAAGUGUGAAGUUUGUGGUGCCACUUUUACACGGAGCAGACAUCUACAGGAUCACAAAAGAAUUCACACGGGAGAAAAUCCUUACAAGUGGGAAGUUUGUGGUGCCACAUUUACAAAGACCACAAACGAGACGCCUGCCCUGCCAAGUCUGCAGUCUGUGGUUCCUGUGGCAAGAGAGGCCUCUAUAAAUUAUAAAGCAGUUUGCCGUAGUCACCCCAAAGUUCAGGAAGUCACAGUCACAGUGAACUCCUACCCCGGAGCUGAGGCCCGAGACUUUUUAAGUUCCAUCACUGUGAACCAAAAUCUAGAUUUAGAGUCUAGAGUAGUAAAUACUGUGAUAAAGAUGGCUGACAUUUCCUACACAAGUAAACAAAUGGACGCCAACUGUGAGGAAGACACAACAAUAACAAUGUAUAGACUUAACUCUGGAAAUGAUAAUGGCUCUGGAUGUGUGAAAACUUGUGAUUUAUUUGUUCCUUGUUCUUCUGGAGAAGGUGUGAAUCUUGGGAUUGAUAGCAUAGUUGUUAAAAGUGAACUUACGUCUAGUUCUGGGACUAGAUCAAGAUGUAGAUCUAGUACGGGUACUCUUUGUACUAACAGUUUAAGGGAAGAUGUAAAACAUGACAUUAUAGGCAGGGAAAGUGAAUCUGUGGGUGUUGAUGAGGAACACCUGUCAGUAAAAGAAGAGCCCAGUUUUGAAUGUCCGUGUAACGCCAAGGCCGAGACAAAUGACAAACUGAAUGUUGAAAGUGAAAGUAGCCUGACUCUCAGACACAGUGUAGUAAAAGAUGAGCCUAUCUGUACAGAGGAGGAAGACGUGAAACCUGUCAUUAAACCAGAGUGCCUCGCAGAUAUCUGUGCGGUGAAAACUGAACCACUAUUUGGACAUUUUCCUGACUUUGGUGAUGAAGUGAAACCAAAAAUGGAAAAUUUUGUGAAAGAAGAAGUGUCAGAAUGGGAAGGUCCAGACGUUGUAGAGGUAGGAAAGACAGAAGGACAAGUGGGAGAUGUGGAGGAUACGUGUACUGAGCCCGUGUUUGUUGAGGAUCGCAUGAGUCAGGCUGGAGGACUACAGCUGAAAAUCUCCAAUGUGAGGAGCUUGUGUAUGGAGCAGAGUGCCAGCCCCGACACUGAUGUUGUUGCUUCCAGUAGUCCAACUUCAACUUUCUGUGCCGAUCCAGUCACAAGUUCAGGAUCUGUUGUCAGGACCAGCUGGGAUCACGGUGAAAGUUCUGAUGUCUCGACUUCCCCUCAUAGGCCACUGACUUCCUGUCACUCAGUACAACAGACAAGUGAUAUGCAGGGAAGACAAGGUCAAAGUUCAAGCUGCAGAUUUCAGACAGGACAAAGGGUCUAUGAAGAGAAUGUUGGCAGUGUCCGAAAAGAAACCUCUUCUGGUGACAUCGGUGAUGUGGAGAGAGUCUGUGACCUCCAUCAGAACAUAGCAGGUGACAAGCAGAUGGACAACAGAAAUCUCUACCAUGGUCGGGAAAAACCUCAUGAGUGUAAAGUCAGUGGUGAAAUGUUUUCAGAAGUAGGUAACUUACAGACACACGAAAAAAAACACACAAGAGAUAGGCCUCACCAAUCUGAAGUUUGUGGUGCUGCAUUUACCAAGAGCAGACGUCUACAGGAUCACAAAGGAACACACACAGGAGAAAAACCUUACAAGUGUGAAGUUUGUGGUGCCACGUUUACACGUGGUAGCAAUCUGCAGAGUCACAAAAGAUCACACACAGGAGAAAGACCUUACAAGUGUGAAGUUUGUGGUGCCACGUUUACACUUGGUAACAGUCUAAAACGUCACAAAAGAACACACACAGGAGAAAAACCUUACAAGUGUGAAGUUUGUGGUGCCACUUUUUCACUUGGUGACAGUCUAAAACGUCACAAAAGAACACACACUGGAGAAAAACCUUACAAGUGUGAAGUUUGUGGUUCCACAUUUACAUGCGGCAGAAAUCUACAGGAUCACGAAAGAAUACACACAGGAGAAAAACCUUACAAGUGUGAAGUUUGUGGUGCCAUGUUUACAUGUGGCAGAAAUCUACAGAUUCACAAAAGAACACAUUCAGGAGAAAAACUUUACAAGUGUGAAGUUUGUGGUGCCUCUUUUAAACGGAGCGGACAUCUACAGAGUCACAAAAGAACACACACAGGAGAAAAACCUUACAAGUGUGAAGUUUGUAGUGCUACGUUUACACAGAACGCACAUCUACAGCGUCACAAAAGAACACACACAGGAGAAAAACCUUACAAGUGUGAAGUUUGUGGUGCCUCUUUUAAACGGAGCGGACAUCUACAGAGUCACAAAAAAACACACACAGGAGAAAAACAUUACAAGUGUGAAGUUUGUGGUGCUAUGUUUACACAGAACGCAAAUCUACAGCGUCACAAAAGAACACACACAGGAGAAAAACCUUACAAGUGUGAAGUUUGUGGUGUCGCUUUUUCACUUGGUGACAGUCUAAAACAUCACAAAAGAACACACACAGGAGAAAAACCUUACAAGUGUGAAGUUUGUGGUGCCACGUUUACACGUGGUAGCAGUCUACUGAUUCACAAAAGAACACAUUCAGGAGAAAAACCUUACAAGUGUGAAGUUUGUGAUGUCACUUUUACACAGAGCGCACAUCUACAGCGUCACAAAAGAACACACACAGGAGAAAGACUUUACACAGUGUGAAAUUUGUGGUGCCAGGUUUGCAUAAAGAGACCAUCUAUGGAGAUGCGAAAGAACACUCGUGAGAAAAAAAA